AAAUAGAAUAUAACAAAAAAUAUCGAUUCUAACAGCAUCGCAGUUGUUUCCCAAUAUGGGUUUUCAAGUGUUACAUCAAUGCCCUGAAGUGACAUCACAUUUUAACAAUUUAUCUCGACUGUUCUUUCGAUUUAUGUAGGCUAAUAUUUCCAGCAUAUAGGCCACCGCAUAUGUAGUGACUGAUUUGCGAUCUAAAUCAAACAGAUAGCAAAGAUAAAGAUCAUUUGAUCUUCCUCGACUCCGCCCACAGUGGUAUCUUUUCCCAAAAACUUAAUGCAACUUGUAAAAUUGUUCUCUAACCUUCACGAUAACGAGAACUCCUGCCUUGAUCGUUUGGUUUGCUUUUCAUCAUGAGUAACAUCACCUCCUGCACUGAACCUCAGACCCUUGUUUCUUCCAUUUUAAAGCCCAUUCUCAUUAUGGAGUUUAUCUUUGGGUUGCCUGGAAAUGUCUUUGCUCUGUGGAUUUUGUUUUUCAAGUCUCCAUGGAAAGCCUGCAAUGUGUAUCUCUUCUGCCUGGUGAUAUCUGACCUCCUACUCCUCACUGGGCUGCCUUUCCACAUAGAUUAUCUCUUUCGUGGUGAAGACUGGAUAUUUGGCCAAUCCUUUUGCUGCCUCAUUUUAUAUAUCAUAUCAGUAAACCACUCAGCAAGCAUGGCUUUCAUGUCAAUUUUGGCCGUGGACCGAUUCCUCAGGAUUCUUCACCCACACCAUCGCAUUUGUCGAAUGAGUGUGAGACAAGCAAUAAUGUUGGUUAGCAUGGUUUGGAUGGGUGUUCUACUCCUUCGUCUUUCACCCGCCCUGAACCUGGUUCUCACACCACAGAAAAACUCAUCAAAUCUCAUAUGCCAUAGUUUUUUCUCAUGGACAUGGCCAUCGGUUCAAAUGAAGAUUUAUAAUUCAGUACAGCUGAUAGAGGUCCUGCUGGCAUUUGCACUGGUGGUCUUCUGUUUUGUGAGGGUUUUCUCUCUUGUCCACAGUCGCCAGGGGGCUCACCGCAGGCUGAAGCGAGCAGUGAGAUUGCUUCUGUUUCUUGUGAUCAUGUUUGUUCUGUGUUUCCUGCCUACAGUCUCUUUUGGCAUUUUCCUUCAAGUGUUUCCCUGUUCGGAAUUCCUCAUGGUGUGUUUUCAUGCCUCUUUAGCUUUAACCUACAUGAACAGUGCACUGGAUCCAGUAAUCUACUGCCACAUAAACGCUUGGUACCGUGACACCCUGAAGGGCACAACAAACUCACUGGGGCUGACAAAGUUCAAGAUGAGUGUGAAAACGAACAGAAAACGUUAACCUACCUGGUAAACUGUUGUUUCUUACAAUCAAUGUGUUAGGGGAAAUGAAAAUGUGUGUCUUAAAGGUAUA